AUGGAGCUGCCGUGGGUGCUGCUGGCGCUGGCUGGGAUGGGCGCAGCCGCGGACCUGGCCGUGCAGAACCGGCGGGUCCCGUGGCUCAAUCCCCCAGCCCGGCUGCCCUACGUGCCCCACCUGCCUCCCACGGCACUGCUGGGCAAGGUCACUGCCACCACCUUCGCUCUGGAGAGGCCCCGCUGCGUCUUCGACGGCCACGCCGAUGCCUCGGACGCCGUUUGGCUGGCGGUGGCCUUUGCCAACGGUGAGCGCUCGCUGCUCCUGCCCGUCCCCCCUGUGGCAGGGGACACUGGGGACCCUCACCCGCCACCUGUGCCGUGCAGCAUCAGCCGCCUUCAGAAACCCCCUGUCCCGGGCUGACGUGCCCCGGUACAAGCAGCUGCCCACUGCCCGCUCCUACAUGACCCUGGAGACGGCAGCGGCCGCUUAUUCCUGCUCGGCACCGAGCCCGCCCGUCCUGCGGGUCGGGGCUGACACGGCGUGCAGGGACCAGGGUAGACAGGACCCCUGCAAUGGGCCCCUGCCCUCUCCGGGACCCUACAGGUAAGGCCAGGAGCCCCAAAGCCCAGCCGGCCUUGCUCGUCCCCCCGGUGUCACCCCCGUUCCCGUGGCAGGGUGAAGUUCCUGCUGAUGGGCUGCCGCGGCCCCAAAGCGGAGACGCGGUGGUCCGAGCCCAUCCUCCUGCGCAGAGGUACCUGUGGCACUGCCACCCCCCCGCGGGUCCCCUGAACCUGCCUGGUUGGGGUGCUGGCACAUGACAUGUGCCAUCACCCCAAAACCUGCGGGGAGAAGUGAUUCCCCCAUCCAUCGCACCGCCCCUGAUCCCUCCGUGCUCCCCCAAUCCCUCAUCCCGCCUCCUUCCAGCCUCCAGCCCCGGCGCCAUCGACCCUGCGCCCACUCGCCGUGGCAGUGCCGUGGUGGUCAUCGCCUCCAUCCUGGCCAGCCUGGGGGCCGUGCUGACCACCGCCGUGCUGGGAGCCCUGGGGUACGGGAGGCUGGUGGGGGGACACUCGGCAACCCCAUCAGCAAAGAAAUGGAGAUCUUUUUUAACAUUGAAAAAGGCUUUUUAUUCUUAAAUCGGGGGUUUCCCGUAGUUUGCAGGACAAAGGGUCUCUUGGGGGCGGCUGGUGCAGAGCACCGCAGACCCCACUUGACGCCUCUGCUUCUGUCUCCCUGCAGUGCCAAGGUGUGGGGCUCCCUGUGCCGCCAGGAUUUGGGGACCGACGCCUUCAUCCGCAGAUCCUACCGGACCCACCACAUCCCCCCGGCCCUGCCCCAGCCGCUGCCCCCCGGCUGCGGGUGUAGCCCCCCCGGGCUGUGCCGCUCUGCCCCCCAGCCGUGCCAGAGAGUCACGGAACAGUUCGGGUUGGAAGGGGCUGUACAGACUCGUUUCAACCCGGGCAGGGACACCCUCCACUAGACAUGAAC